AUGGAGUCUGACCUGGAGACUCUUCGCUCCCGCCGCAUUCCCUUGAUCAUACAGGGCAUCACUGGAGUCUCUAAUAUCCCUUUCUGGAUGAGCUCCUUGGGAUCCGACGGGAAAUGGCCCGAUUCUCAGGUAGAUUAUUCGACCGGCUGUGAUGCCCAGCGGGCGAACUGGCCCGCAGCAACCCACUGGUAUCAUAUCAGUACUAUGGCUGCCGCCUUCCACGGGGGAGUACCCAACGGGGACCAAUGGGUCAAUAAUACCGAGCUGAAGAGUAGCAUCUCUUCAGCUAUGGAUUACUGGUUCCAGAAUGACUUCACCGAGUACGACUGUCUGUAUAACGGCGGGAAGAAGAACUGUCCCUGCGGCACUCCCGGGCUAUGGAACACCAAUUGGUUCUCCAACGUCAUCCUCAUUCCCAACCUCGUCGCCGAGACCUGCCUGCUCCUCUCCUCGCCCUUGUCCGUCCUCACCCCGACUCAACAAUCCAACUGCACGCACAUCACCACGCGCGCCUAUGGCACAUUCACCUCCGGGCAGGGUUUCGUCUCCGGCGCGAACAUCCUCGACAUCGCCAAGAUCGGCGUCGACGAGGGCCUGCGCACGGGCAACGCGACCCUCGUCCAGAACGCGUUCGCGAAGAUCCACGCCGAGGUGCAGGUCCAUGACGAAGUCUCCAGUGAUGGGAUCAGAAGGGAUGGGAGUUUCGGGCAGCAUAUAGGGUUGCUGUAUAAUGGCAACUAUGGAAAGGAUUAUACUAAUGACGACCUGGGCAUUGAGCUCGAAGCGGCUGGCACUCAACUGGCCGCUACGAACGCAAGCAGGGAGGCCCUGGAAACUCUGAUCGACGGGGACCGGUGGAUGAUCUAUCGCAAUAUUCUUACCGGUGUCCUCCACUGGGACUUCAGCACUCUUCCCCGCUUUAUCAGCUUUCCUGUAGCAGACGGCCAGGCUACUGCCAGUAUAAACCUAAACUUGACCGAGAUCCUGGAGCUAGGCGAAACCUGGAACUCGAGUGUUCUUCGCGACGCCUAUUACUCGUUGUCAGAGAACACCACCGAUGCUAAUGCUGGUAAACUGUACGGCAACAGAAUGUUCUACAACAAUGAUUACAUGGUUCACAGAGGUCCAGGCUAUGUGACAACGUUGAAGAUGUUCUCGGACAGGACGAAAACCACUGAGUGCACGAACUCACAAAAUCCGUUUGGCUUCCAUCUGUCGGAUGGCACAUUGUACACGUACCUGCGCGGCGAUGAGUAUGAGGACAUCGCGGCCGCAUGGGACUGGAAUCUCAUCCCCGGCACAACAGUCGACUACGGUGGCACUGAGCUCGACUGCGACGACGCCGGAUACACAGGCGUCGAAGAUUUCGUCGGUGGCGCUUCAACUGGCACCGUCGGCGUCGCUGCCAUGCGCUACACCAACCCCGACACCGGUGAUCUCACUUGGCAGAAGGCGUGGUUCUUCCUCGAGGACGACGUGCAGCAUGUGAUGGUCAAUAGCAUUCAGUCCGCGAGCGACGCUCCCGUGUACUCCGUCCUGGAUCAGAGGAAGCACGUCGGGCAAGUGUGGGUUAAUGGCCUCCCUAUACCAGAGGAUGGCGGCAACUUCACGCAAGCACGGUCAAUCUGGCAUGGAAACGUGGGCUAUACGUUCGACGAGGGCUCGAAGGGUGUCCACUUAUCUGUGCAGAGUGGAAACAAAACCGGGGACUGGUCGGCCAUUGGGACGUCCAAACAGCCUCCGGAAACUGUAGACCUGUUCGCCGCCUGGGUGGAACACGCACCUGAAGAUGCUUCUUUGUCGUAUACUGUCUACCCUGGCGCGAGCUUGGGACCCUUCCAGUACAAGAGCCUCGUUUCAGGACUUCAGACAAUCCAGAAUGACGGCGAUGUAUCAGCAGUCUACGAUACAACCCACCAAACCGCCCUCUUCGUAUUCUGGAGCCCUUCAGGCGGAUCAGCAGAGUUCACUCCAUUCUUGGGCACCCCUAUGACUGUCGCGGCCGACGGCAAUUCCAUCGUAGUUUACGACUUGAGAACCGGCAACAUUACUGCAUCAGAUCCGUCUCAGAGUCUCUCGAACUUGCACGUCAGCGUCAGUGCGGGACGUGCCGGGGUACCACCAUCGGGAUGGAGAUGGGGAGAAGGGAGGGAGGUAACCUUCGAGUUGCCCUUGGGCGGUCGGGCCGGCAGCAGUACCACCCGUACGAUUUGA